AAUUCGGGUGCGGGGAGCGACGCCUUGCAGGAGGCAGCCCCGCCCCCCUCCGCCUGAUUUCGUUGAAGAGGGAGCCGCCCCGUUCCCGCCCCUAACUGGCCGGGCGGCAGGGAGCUUCUAGGAGGUGGAGAUCGAGCCGACCUGCAGAGAUGGAGGCAACCAGCACCUGGGCACUGCUGCUGGCGCUGCUGCUGCUGUUGCUGCUGGCGCUGGCCCUGCCCAGGACCCCGGCCCGAAGCCAUCUGCCCCCGGGGCCCGCCCCGCUGCCACUGCUGGGGAACCUCCUGCAGCUGCGUCCCGGGGCGCUGUACUCCGGGCUCUUGCGGCUAAGCAAGAGGUAUGGGCCUGUGUUCACGGUACAUCUGGGCCCCUGGCGCCGCGUGGUGGUCCUCGUUGGGCAUGAUGCUGUGAGAGAGGCCUUGGGAGGCCAGGCUGAGGAAUUCAGUGGGCGUGGAACGUUGGCAACGCUGGACAAGACUUUCGAUGGUCAUGGGGUUUUCUUUGCCAAUGGGGAGCGGUGGAAGCAGCUGAGGAAGUUCACCCUGCUCGCUCUACGGGACCUGGGCAUGGGCAAGCGAGAAGGCGAGGAGCUGAUCCAAGCAGAGGUGCAGAAUUUGGUGGAGGCCUUCCAGAAGACAGAAGGACGUCCAUUCAACCCUUCCAUGCUGCUGGCCCAAGCCACAUCUAAUGUCGUCUGUUCCCUCGUCUUUGGCAUCCGUUUGCCCUAUGAAGAUGAAGAGUUCCAGGCCGUGAUCCAGGCAGCAAGUGGUACCUUGCUGGGGAUCAGCUCCCCGUGGGGCCAGGCCUACGAGAUGUUCUCCUGGCUACUGCAGCUCUUGCCAGGCCCACACAAGCAGCUCCAGCGCCACUUAGGCACCCUGGCUGCCUUCGUUGUCCAGCAUGUACAGCGACACCAGGGAAGUGUCCAGACUUCAGGUCCUGCACGUGACCUCGUUGAUGCCUUCCUGCUGAAGAUAGCACAGGAGAAACAAGACCUGGGCACAGAAUUCACAGAGAGGAACAUGCUGAUGACGGCCACGUACCUGCUGUUUGCUGGAACGAUGACAGUUGGUGCCACCAUCCACUAUGCCCUCCUGCUCCUGAUAAGAUACCCUCAAGUGCAACAGCGUGUUCGGGAGGAGCUGAUCCAGGAGCUGGGUCCCGGCAGGGCUCCGAGUCUGAGCGACCGUGCUCGCCUCCCAUACACGGAUGCAGUUUUACACGAGGCACAGCGGCUGCUGGCACUGGUGCCCAUGGGAAUGCCCCACACCCUCACGAGGACCACUUGCUUCCGUGGAUAUACUCUGCCCCAGGGUACUGAGGUCUUCCCUCUGAUCGGCUCUGUACUACACGACCCUAAGGUUUUCCAGAACCCAGGAGAGUUCCGCCCGGGCCGCUUCCUGGACACUGAUGGCCGCCUGAGGAAACAUGAAGCCUUCCUGCCCUUCUCCUUAGGUAAGCGAGUCUGCCUGGGAGAAGGCCUGGCUCGGGCAGAGCUCUGGCUUUUCUUCACCGCUAUCCUGCAAGCCUUCUCUCUGGACACGCCGUGCCCACCAGGCGACCUGAGCCUGCAGCCAGCCAUAAGUGGGCUUUUCAACGUCCCCCCAGACUUCCAGCUGCAGGUCUGGCCCACCAGCGACCAGUCCAGGUGAAGGAAGGCAGGAGCCACCUGGGGUGACAGCUUCACAGGGGUGAGUGAACCAGGUAUCUUAGAAGCUACGUCACACCACACGUAUGUCCAGGCAGCUGCUGCGACCCGGAAUCACACUCCCCUAUGCAACUACAAGGCAACUGAUGUAUGUGCUUUCUUGGAGAGGGCUGUCUGAAUCUGGGUCUGGCUAUGUAGCACAGGCAGGUCUCAAGCUUGUGAUCCUCCUGCCUCAGAUUGCCGAGUGCUGGAAUUACAAGUAUGCACCACCAAGGUGGCUGCAUAGCUUUCAGACUACAUAAAUGUAGUAUAUGCCAUCUGGACUCACAAGAAUAUUACCAGAUACCCCACCAAGCCAUCCACCACACAACCACCUGGGCUCACAAUCCUGGUCCCGAUACCACCGACACAGCCUCACAAACAGCCCAACCAUGUUUUACUUCCUCCGUGUUCCAUGUCUAUCACCGCUGUGGCUGGGUCCCCGCCAUAGAAAACAGCAUGCCCCAGCUGGGGUCACGUCACAGCCAGAACGCUGUCCGUGGAUGACCUCACCACCCUUCAGGCACAUGAGUACCUCCAUGUAUGGCCGUCAUCCACACAGCUGGACCAUGUGUGACAAUGUCUUGGCUCUAACGAAUUUCUUCCUACUGAGAUACACCAUGACGGCAAAACUGUUCCCGGCCAACUCCACGCCCUUGUUCGUCAAACAUACUCCUUCCAACAAAUUCUCCCAAAUAUAAAUGUUCCCUGGGCUGCAAUCGUGCACACAGACCUUGUACAAGCGAGCACCAGCAACCCCAAGGAGAAAUGCCCUCCCUCCAGCUUAAUAGGGCUCUGCUCCCAAAUACAUUCUGACUUUACUUGGCAUCGCUGAAGUCCCCGUCAGCGUUAUCCAAAUGUAGCUCAGAGGUAGGGAGCACUUGUCUAGCAUUUGUAAAGCCUAGGGUUCAUUCCCCAGCACUGCUCAAAAACAACAAUUAAAAAAAAAAAAAAAAGCCUCCAUCCAACCAUCGCCUGGCCCCUGGAAGAACUAGAUGAGCAUACGGGUUCUACCGCUGCGUAACAGGACAGAGGCCAUACCUGACCUCUUUGUAACUUGGAAGUCCCCAUUUUUGCAAUAAAAGUUUGUUUCUGGCC